AUGUGGUUCAGUGCCAAGGUACAUAAAGCCUGCAAGGAACUGAUGCAAUGUACAGUCCUCACUAGAAUUAUCUAUGGAAAUGGGCAUUGGAGGCUAGCAGAAGCCCUUGCCAAUCUUGCUCACAGUUACCUUAUCCUACAAGGUCUUUCUCAUCAAGUUAUAUGCCAUGCAAGCUCGGCGAAAUAUAUCCUCCUCUUCCUAGGGGGGGAUACUCCUCCAACAUCCUCGGAGGAGAAAGGAAUAAUUCUGAGCACCCUAGUGACUAUCUAUUACACCUUGGGCAUGGCAAAUCUGAUGCAGAAAAAUGCCAAAGAAUGUUACUGCAAUCUGCAGAAGGCUGAAAAACGUAUGGAAGAAUUGCAGGGGUUAGAUUGGAAAGGAGCUGCUAAACUUAAAGUAUGCAACAAAGACAUUGUUGUGGCGCUGGGCAGGGCAAGUUUGCAGAAAACCAAAUUAGAUUUGGCCUCCAAAUAUUUUGAGAAGACGGUCAAUAUUCUCAUUUCAGCUGAAGGAGACGUGGCUCCAGAACUGAUACACCUUUAUCAGGAAAUCGCCAAAAUCAAACAAAUGAAAAAGACGCAUGAAAAAAUCAUCUCAUACGCAUUACAGGCUCAUGCUGUGCCCUUAGCUCUCCACCAGAAAUUCAGCCCUGAAGUUGGGUCAGCAGCAUUAUUCCUGGGAAAAGCUUAUGCGGCCACUAGAGAAGAGAAGCAUGCUGAGGCUGCUGAAAUGUAUUUCAAUGAGAGCUCAGUAGCCUACAAGGUAGCACAAGGGAUGGACCAUCCUCAGACAAUUGGUGCCCUCCAAGUCUUCAGCAAGUGGCUUGGACAAAUAGGAAAAAGAAAGGUAACAAUACAUCUGCUGGGAUACAGCUGUUGUGUGCAAAUCCAGAUUGCUAUUUGUGGGUCUCACCACAAGAAAACUAAAAAGACACAAGAGCUGCUAGUCAUGCUGAAUAUGUAA